AUGUCCAAGGCAGAGAAUACCACCGAGGUGAAAAGCCUCAAGUCCAAUGACAUCCACAGUACAGACGGCAGGAAACCGAGUGUAAGCUUGGGAGUCGUCGACGAUAUCGACAACAAUGUCCUCCGCGCGCAAGGCCACGAGGCUGCCAUGCCGCGCACCUUCUCACGAUUGUCCUCGAUUGCACUAGGCUUUGGCAUCACCAACAGUUGGAUCGCGUAUCUCAGCAACUUUGGCGUCAAUGCCGCGUACGGUGGCAGGGUCAAUGUCAUUUUCUGCGCCCUCAUCGCCGCCUUUGUGCAGUGGUUCAUCACCUGUGGCUUGUCUGAGAUUGCAUCGGCAUUCCCGUCUUCCGGAGGCCAGUAUCACUUCGUCUGGGUCCUUGCCACGGGUUCCACCAGACGCUUCGGCGCCUAUGUGAUCGGAUGGAUGACGAUUCUGGGGUGGUGGAUCAUCGCCUGCUCUGGCACGGCGCUCUCGGCUGUGUCCAUCAUGGGCCUGGCAAAUUUCUGGCACCCGGAGUUCGUGGCCACGCAAUGGCAGAUCUGGCUGGUCUACGUCGCUGUGGUGUCUAUCACAGUCGCUCCCGUCAUCUUCUUCCCCAAGAUCAUCCCCAAGGUGGCGCAGUUUGUGCUCUUCAUGUCCAUCACCGGCUUCGUCAUCUGCUUCAUCAUCCUGCUCGCCAUGAAGAAGACGUUCGUGUCUGGCGAGGUUGUCCUCGCCCGCGACCAGGGAACGAGCGGGUGGGCCGACGGCGUGGCGUGGUUCUUGGGCAUUGGGAAUGCUCUUUUUGCAUAUGUCGGCACCGAUGCACCCAUCCACAUCGCCGAGGAAAUGCACCAGCCCGGUCGACGUCUGCCGGAGUGCCUGAACACCACGCUCGCCAUCGGAGUCGUCACCACUGUACCAUUGUUGACUGUUAUGAUGUUCACCAUGCUCGACAUCGAUGCCGUCACGAGUUCGGCGCUCCCGUCGAUCGAACUGUUCUACCAGGUCACCGGCAGCAAGGGAGUCGCCACUUUCAUGUUGGUCUGGAUCACGAUCAUCUAUACCAUGUGUAUCACUCCUCAGUGGGUGACCUGCGGCAGAAUGGCAUGGGCAUUUUCUCGCGAUAACGGACUCCCCUUCUCCAAUUACUUUGGCAAGAUCGACGAGCGAACACAGACGCCUCUCCGCGCGACGAUCCUGUCUGUCAUCUUCGUCUGGAUCUACGGGCUGCUCUUUAUCGCGUCGACGACAGCCUUCAACUCUAUUGUCACCUCGGCCGUCAUGUAUCUGAACAUCACCUACGCCAUCCCCCAGGGCAUCCUCCUGUUCCGGGGGCGGUCGAUCUUGCCCACCCGGGCCCUCAACCUGGGCUACUUCGGGCUGUUCUGCAACGUGUUCUCCCCUGUGGCGGUGACGGCCAUUGUCAUCUUCAACUGUUUUCCCUCCUUUAUCCCCAUCGAGGUGUCGACGAUGAAUUGGUCUAGCGUCGUGCUGGUCGGGCUCUUCGGCGCCAUCGUCAUCCUGUGGUUCGCCAUGGGCCGCCGCACCUUCCGUGGGCCCAACGUCGACAUGGACAUGAUCAGCGCCGCGAAUUUGCAGGAAAAUCAGUUCUCGAAGAAGGAGCUGGCCUGA